GCUGAGAGUGAAGUAGCUUCUCUGAACAGACGCAUCCAGCUGGUUGAGGAAGAGUUGGAUCGGGCUCAGGAGCGCUUGGCUACUGCCCUGCAGAAGCUGGAGGAGGCAGAGAAGGCUGCAGAUGAGAGUGAGAGAGGAAUGAAGGUUAUUGAAAAUAGAGCCCAGAAGGAUGAAGAGAAGAUGGAAAUCCAAGAGAUCCAGCUUAAAGAAGCUAAGCACAUUGCUGAAGAGGCUGACCGCAAGUAUGAAGAGGUGGCUCGUAAACUUGUGAUCAUUGAGAGUGACCUGGAGCGGGCUGAGGAACGUGCUGAACUAUCGGAAAGCCAAGUCCGACAGCUGGAAGAACAGUUAAGAAUAAUGGAUCAAACCUUGAAAGCAUUAAUGGCUGCAGAGGAUAAGUACUCUCAGAAAGAAGACAAAUAUGAAGAAGAGAUUAAAGUCCUAACUGACAAACUGAAGGAGGCUGAGACCCGUGCUGAAUUUGCUGAGAGGUCAGUAACCAAGCUGGAGAAGAGCAUUGAUGACCUAGAAGCCUGUGCAGUUUCUCAAGCUAUCUGUGCUCAGUUCUCACGAAGAGCAUUUUUAGCGGCACAGAACCUGUCUACAGAGCGAAAUGAAGGUGUAAUUGCAGCACAG